GAGGGGUGCUAGAUACUUAAGUGGCAUGAAAUAUAUGCCAUAAAUAUAUAUGUGUGUGCGUGUGUUACAGGGAGAAAGUUGAAGGGCCACAGAGCCAUCAACUUUAUAGUAUGGACUGUUAACUGCCUAAGCUUGAAUGGUUUUCAGAGAGAAAAGACCACAUAGGCAGAAUGUUACUUUCAUCAAUGAACUAAUUUUUCAUCCACUGUCAUUAUUGAAUAGUUAACGACUCCCUUGUUGAGUCAGAUCCUUGGCUUAAGGAUGGGUCAGGUAUAGUUGCUGCCUCAAGGGUCUUCCAGGCUGAGCUGAACAUGGUUGACCAUGAACCCUGCAGGUCAAAAGAAUUCCUGUACAGAGAUCCCCGUCUAGUCACGAGCCAUGAAAGUCAGGAAAUGGUCAUGCUCUUUGUAUUUCUUCUGCUCCCAGGUCAAACACAAUUCAAAGUAGUCGUAAAAUCCCUUUCACCGAAAGAGUCAGCCCGAAUUUAUGUUCCUAAACCUCUGGACAGAAAUGAUGGAACUUUUUUGGUGAGAUACAGGAUGCACGAGACUGUCCACGAAGGCCUCAAGGUGGAGGUUCUUUAUGGUGGUGAACACGUAGCUCAGUCUCCCUAUAUUUUGAAAGGGCCUGUGUAUCACGAGUACUGUGACUGCCCAGAAGAGGACCCUCAGGCCUGGCAGGAAACUCUGUCUUGUCCAGCCACAGAACCACAGAUCGAGCAAGAUUUUGCUGCCUUCCCCAGCAUCAAUCUCCUGCAGAUGCUGAAGGAAGUCCCCAAGAGAUUUGGGGACGAGCGGGGUGCCGUUGUUCAUUACACAAUUGUCAAUAACCACAUCCACCGGAGAUCCUUGGGGAAAUACACUGACUUCAAAAUGUUCUCCGAUGAAAUUUUGCUGUCACUGGCAAGAAAGGUCACCCUCCCAGAUUUAGAAUUUUAUAUUAACCUUGGAGAUUGGCCCUUGGAGCAUCGAAAGGUCAAUGACACUCCUGGCCCUAUACCUAUCAUUUCCUGGUGUGGCUCUUUGGAUUCAAGAGACAUAAUCCUUCCAACCUACGAUGUCACCCAUUCCAUACUUGAAGCAAUGAGGGGUGUCACAAAUGAUCUCCUCUCUGUUCAGGGAAAUACAGGCCCUUCCUGGAUCAAUAAAACAGAGAAAGCUUUCUUCCGAGGUAGAGAUAGCCGAGAGGAGAGGCUGCAGCUGGUGCAGCUGUCCAAAGAAAAUCCGCAGCUGCUAGAUGCAGGAAUUACAGGAUAUUUCUUUUUCCAAGAGAAAGAAAAAGAGCUUGGAAAAGCCAAGUUGAUGGGUUUCUUUGAUUUCUUUAAGUACAAGUACCAGGUGAAUGUGGAUGGCACGGUGGCUGCUUACAGGUUCCCCUACCUCAUGCUGGGAGACAGCCUGGUUCUGAAGCAGGACUCACCGUAUUAUGAACAUUUCUAUGUGGCACUAAGGCCUUGGAAGCACUACGUUCCCGUUAGAAGAAACCUCAGUGAUCUGCUAGAGAAAGUGAAGUGGGCCAAGGAAAAUGAUGAUGAAGCAAAGAAGAUUGCGAAAGAAGGACAGUUAACUGCUAGGGACCUGCUCCAGCCGCCCAGACUUUUCUGUUACUAUUACAGAGUGCUGCAGAAAUAUGCUGAGCGCCAGACCAGCAAGCCCAUGAUACGUGAUGGAAUGGAACUUGUUCCCCAGCCGAAUGAUGCCACAUCCUUUUGCCGGUGCCACAGGAAGGUGCCUGGGAGGGAAGAGCUUUAACGAGGCCCCAGCUUCACACUCCUUUGUGUGCUGGCUGCAUCUUUAAGACUUGUGAAAGAGCGGAGCCAGGACUGGUGGGUCAGGCUCACACUUCUAAUCCCAGCACCCUGGAGGCGGAAGCAAGAGGAUUUCUUACUGCAAAGCCUGCCUGCGAUAUAUGUUGAUUUCCUGGCCAGCCCAGACUUCCCAGUUAAA